UCAGUGACCCGAGUCGCAAGUAAAGGAUCUUAACUGUAUACUCUCUAUUUUCAUUUUCUCCACGAACGAGCUCUUCUCUACGAACCAAAGAGCGAUUCGUUAACGGAGGCCGGAGUUAUCACAAUCGGAAUCGGUGACGGUGACAGAGAGACGGUAUGGUGGUGGAGCUGUUUUGUUUCAUCGCUGUUAUUGUAGUACUUAAGUACUUCUUCUACGAUGACGAUGUAAUCGAUGUUGGAUCCUCCGAUUUCAAUGCUCUAUUUACUGUUGCCGAAAGGCUUGAGAAGCUUUAUGGUGGUAAGGCUCAUGUUGGACUUCAAAUUCCUGACCAGGACUCUGGUUCUCGACAGAGUGUUGAUUUAGUUCUCGUCACUAGAAGGGAAGCAGUGAUAGUUUGUGUAAAGAAUGUGGCAGGGUUUGUAUCUGUUGAUAAGGACGGGAGAUGGGUUUGUACUGGAAGCCAUAAGACGGAGCGUCUCCCCAAUCCUGUAGCAGAAGCCAAACAAUUAGUUCCUAUUCUUGAAUCCUACCUUGAACAAAGGGGCGUCACUCUUCCGGAAGGAUAUUUGUCUUGCAAAGUCAUAUGUUCAAACCCCAAUUUCCGUACCAUUGACUCGGACUCUUUUCCCUCUGAGGUCAUAACAUAUGACCAAUGGAUACAACUAAGACCUGAAUCAAACAUGCUUUCUGGUUGGAUUAAAGGUGCAUUUCAUGGUGGGAAGAAGGACGUGCAGGAGUCGAUACGUGAAAAGCUUAAUCUUGUACUCAGCACAGCUCCAAUGUGGGACAGGUUGGAGCUUAAAGGUAAUAAAUUUGUUCUUGGAGAGUUUCUCGAGUUCAAAGGGGACAAUGAAGAUAUUCGGGCAUUGGGAAACAUCAGGAGAUCAAAAGUUAGUACAGUGACAAUCCAGAAAACAAGCAUGUUUGGUGUAGAUACUAUGUUCAUAUUUUCCUUGAAUCUAAGAGAUCUUCUGUUGCUUUGGGAGUUGCAGCUCAUUCCAAACUCCAAGUACUCUACUGUCUUCGAGAUUAUCGUGGUGAAGGGGCUUCAGCUUCAGACUGGAAAGAAGUCACUGUCCAUUCCAGGACUGAGAUCAAAAUUCAACCAAAAGGUUCAACUAAAGUACGCAAAUACAAGUUAUCUUCAGUUAUUUCCAUGUCAUUAAGUGCCUGACAUGUCCGUGCGAAGUCUCCUAUGGGCAUUGAUCAUUGUGAUGGAGUGUUUGAAUAAAAAUGUUUUGAUUCUGAACCUCGUUUUUCCUUCAGAAGUUCUAAGUUGAUGUAUGUAACUAUUUGUUGUGUAUAUCCUAUCUGGUGUAGCAAUUCUGGGUCAAAAUGUAAUGGAGAAAGCGCUCCCUUAGUAGUGAGUAGUAAACAUAGGAGAACGGUAUAAUGUAACAAAAUUCUGGUACGAUAGAGAGCAAAUUGCUGGUAAUGUUUUAAAGGGUUGUUCUGUUAAGGAACAAGUUAUUUGGCUUUAUAAUACGAAUUAAAGAAUGAAGGAUUGUUUUUUAUUGGA